AUGGCUGGCGCUUAUGAUACCGAACAACAAAGAAUGAUUGAUAGAAUUAAAUGCAUUACUUUCCGAGAAGCUCGUGAUGCUGGUGCAACAUUUAUAAAUAGACAAUGGAUUGCCGACAAAAUUCACCGUACGACUCGAUUUGUUACAGAAUGGUGGGAAAAAUCGUGUGACCAAUGUUUUGCUGAUUAUUCGAAUGCUGGUCCUAAACUCAAACCGUUAAAAUCUGAAACUCAUAUAUCAGAUCGAUUAUGGCUCUGUGAUUGGUUGAAAGAUUGGACUGAAGAAGAUUUUCUUCAUCUGGCACCAUCAGAUGAAUUUUAUGUUUGGACAGUUCGCAAACCAAAUUAUCAAAAUGAUAGGAUUUGGGCAAAAAGUGUUGAAGAUAUUGAAGACGAUGAAAGGUAUCGCGAAAUGGUUAAAAACCAAGCGUGUAUCGGUAUUUUUAUCAUUUUCACCGCGAAAAAAAUGCAUUGGGUGAUUAAAGACAAAGGUGAAUCUUGGACCGGUCAAUAUUUUCGUGACAUUAUUUUAAUGCAACACGUAUUUCCAUUCCUCACCGACGAGGAAAACGUAAUUGAUCUGGAUAAUGUGAUAUUUGUUCACGAUAAAGCACCGUGUAUGCGAGCAAACAUGACUCAACAUCUGAUUAGAGAUAACAAAAUCGAGUUUUGGGGCAAUGAUAUUUGGCCUGGUAAUUCGCCCGAUCUCAAUGCGGCGGAACAUAUUGGAUCAAUAAUGAAAGAUGAAGUUGAACAAAAAAAUGUUAUCGGAAACUGGACAUAAUCGAUAUAGUGAAGACACACUUAAAAAGCACAUUGCGGAUGUUUUGACGGACAUGGAAGAAAAUACCGAAUUGUUUGAAGCUCUUUUAUGUUCGUAUCCAUCUCGACUUCGUGCAGUAAAGAGUGCUAAUGGUCGUCAUACUGAUUAUUGAUUGUACUCAAUAAAUAAUAAGAAAAUAAACAGUUGUACAACAUAUAGUUUAGCCCCGAACUUUUUCGAUGAACUGAUUUUAUAAUAUUUUAUGUCGAUAAAAAUCGUAACGUUUGAUAAAUUAAUACAAGAAAGUUCUUCAAAGUCUUACUAUUUACUAUCACUAAACCCCAUUUUUCACGAGCUUUCAUUUGGUAUAAAAUUCAUGAUAUCUCCGAUUCGAGAUCAUAGUGUUACCCCCCUGGAAUAAUAUUAUUUACCACCCUGUA